UUCUGUGCACUGCGACAAACAAACGUAACCAAUGCAGGCGAUCUACGCAUGCGCACGGAGUGCUGUCAAUAAGGGAGUUUGCAGUCGAAAGGGAGUGGAGCUGGAACAGCUGCCGAAAAUCUUUUCUUCUGGUAAAGAAAAUACAAUUAAUUGCUUCCCUCAAUGGCGACACAGUGUGUGACCAAAGUGGAGCUCACAGUCUCCUGUGAAAACCUUUUGGACAUGGAUGUGGGCUCCAAGUCUGACCCACUUUGUAUCCUGCAUAUGAAUGCAUCUGGAAAUCACUGGUUUGAGGUGGGCCGCACAGAGAAAAUACAGAAUUGCCUGAAUCCCAAAUUUGCCAAGAAGUUUCUCAUCGAUUAUCACUUUGAAAUUGUACAGAAACUUAAAUUUGGUAUUUAUGAUAUAGACAACAAAACCAUUGAUCUGAGUGAUGAUGACUUCCUUGGAGAGUUGGAGUGUUCUUUGGGUCAGGUUGUAUCCAGUGGGAAGCUGACCAGACCUCUGAUCUUGAAGAACAAAAAACCAGCAGGAAAAGGAACCAUUACAAUCGCUGCAGAGGAAAUUAAGGAUAAUAGGGUGGUGAAUUUUGAAGCCGAGGCCAGGAAGCUGGAUAAAAAGGAUUUCUUCGGAAAGUCCGACCCCUACCUGGAAUUCUACAGGCAAGUGGACUCCGGGUGGCAGCUUGCCCACCGAACUGAGGUGGUGAAGAACAACCUUAACCCCUGUUGGAGACCUUUUAAAAUCCCACUGCAGUCUCUCUGUGGAGGAGAUAUGGAGAAACCCAUCAAGGUGGAAUGUUACGACUAUGAUAAUGAUGGAUCACAUGACCUUAUUGGGAUAUUUGAGACCAAUCUAAAACGCCUACAGGAGGCCACACGCACUUCUCCGGCAGAGUUUGACUGUGUAAACAUGAAGAAAAAGCAGAAGAAAAAGAACUAUAAGAACUCUGGUGUUGUGAGUGUGAAACUCUGCCAGGUUGUGAAGGAGUACACGUUUUUGGAUUACAUCAUGGGCGGCUGUCAGUUAAAUUUCACUGUUGGAGUGGACUUCACAGGGUCAAACGGUGACCCAAGGUCUCCUGACUCUUUGCAUUACAUCAGUCCUAAUGGGGUUAAUGAGUACCUUUCUGCUAUCUGGUCUGUUGGCCUGGUGAUUCAGGAUUAUGACAGUGAUAAAUUGUUCCCAGCUUUUGGAUUUGGGGCACAGAUUCCUCCAAACUGGCAGGUGUCUCAUGAGUUUCCACUUAACUUUAACCCAUCUAAUCCAUUCUGUGCUGGAGUAGAGGGCAUGGUGGAAGCAUAUAGGUUGUGCCUGCCACAGGUCAAACUUUAUGGGCCUACAAAUUUUUCUCCCAUCAUCAGACAUGUGAGCAAUUUUGCCCAACAGGCAAAACAACAGAAUGCAGCCAGUCAAUACUUUGUUCUGCUCAUUAUCACCGACGGCGUGAUCACAGACAUGGACCAGACCCGAGCUGCCAUUGUAGCUGCUUCCCAUUUGCCCCUGUCCAUCAUAAUUGUGGGUGUGGGCGGGGCUGACUUCACUGACAUGGAAAUCCUGGAUGGGGAUGACGGACGUCUGAGAUCUCCAUCAGGAGAGCCGGCUAUAAGGGACAUUGUGCAGUUCGUUCCUUACAGAAAGUUCCAGAAUGCUCCUAAAGAGGCAUUGGCUCAGAGUGUGUUGGCAGAGGUUCCUGAUCAGGUUGUCACUUUCUUCAACAUGUUGAAGCUCAGCCCUCUUAAUUCAAGAACCCCUGUGGCUGAUUCUGAAGGGCAAACAAGCUAAAUGCCUAAUGCUGUUUCAGCAACAACCAGUAAGGGACCUCACCGGUUCUAGCCCAUGCUUCAUUCCUGUACAGCAUACCCUUGCUACCUGACUCACUCCACAGAAGCAUGUAAACCGAUGUGCAAAGUCUUGCCACUUUAAAUGUAUCUUUUAUUGCAAGAAAAUGCUCAGUUUAACCUGCAUGCUCAAUUGUAGUUUAUAUUCUGCAGUGUCUCAUUUAGUCAGGUACAAACAAGAUAUGUUUUGACACCCAAUCAAAUAAGCUCAUGCUCUGAAUUGCGCUUUAAUAAUCCAAACACAGAGGCAGUAAUAUCUUCACUAAGGCUGUGUUCACAUUAGAGUAUUGAAGUGUCUCAAGUACAAUAUAAAAUUUGACACAGCUGUGUGAACCCAGAAGACUGUUCUGAUUUGAUUUAUUUUUCUGAUUUCAUCUGCAAAGCCAAAGCAUGACAAGUGUUGAAACAUAUCUAGUUUACUCUUAUAAUGUGUACAUAGCAUUUACACACAUUGGUUCAAAUGUGUGCAUGUUUUUUUUUUGUUUUUUUGUUUUUUUUAAAUCUAUUUUUGGUUAUGUUGAAUCCUGUUUGGUGCCUUAUAUAUCAGGUUUCCAAUAAUGCUAUAGUAAUUUUCAAACAGGAUAUAUUUUUAUAUAUUGGUAUAAAAUUACUUUAAUAUUUAGAGGAAAUUGUUUAUUUUUGUCACAGUUUACACAGUUCCUUUUUAUGAAAAUACUUUAAUCAUUAACGCUGCUUGUGAGCAGUUAUGCUAAUUAAGUGCCAUAAUAGUCAUACUGUUUAUUGAUAUUGUCUGUAGCACCUGAAUGGGUAUAGAGUGGCAUAGUGCUAGUGUUGCUUUUUCACACCACAGGUUACCAACCCACUCCAGAAUUUCUGGGUCGAUCCCAGAAACUCUGGAGUGGCUCUGCCAUGCACCCAGUGUCCCCAAAGAAGACUUGAGCUCCACCACACCCCAGACCAGGGUAAAGCGAUUACUGCAAAUUGGAGAUGAAUGAAUGAGUGAAUUUAUAUAUAUAUAUAUAAAAUGCUCUUGACUGUUAAAUAUUCCCCAUCUUGACUUAUUAUUUUUCCUUUUACUGUUUUUUAAAGAAAUGAAUAGUUAAUCAGGCACACUUAUUUUAACUCAUCCCACAGUCAGUUAUGUUUGUAUAUACUACUAACUUUCAGAUGGAGUUUGUCUUUGGGUGGUUGUUAUGGUAAAAACAAGCUUUGACAUUUCUGUCUGUAUUACCUUAUUACCUUUUUAUGACUAGCAUUUUUCAGAAUUGUGGAGUAUUAAUGAAUAAGCCAUAUAAUGACUCUAACCUAUAUUACAGUAUUGAUGAACUGAUUCUAGUUUUCUCAAAUUUUUAUUUUAAAUUUACAAAUAUAUUUACAGAUACAUAUUUUCAUUUAAUAUUUUUCAAACGUGGAAUUUGAUAUAAAGAAAUGUCCAAGCAAUUGUUAAUGAAGCUGUAAUAAUGAAAAUUCUCAAAAUGGGAAACACUAUGGAAGGUGUUAUACAUAGAUGUGUGACGUUGUGUUAUGUUGUUAUAUUGUAUAUUGCUCUAAUUCUGACUGGCUGAUUGUUCACUGUAUUGUGUGUACGUAUGUUUUUUUUCCCAUGUGUACUCAAAGUGUCGCUCAUUGUGGUGGAAAACUUUUCACUUUAGUGUAAUAAGUCCCUGUUUGAUUAACAUACUUUUGUUAUUUAGUGUUUGGCUAGAUAAAAUGAUAAUCACAUAGCUUAUUGAGCUGGGCACAAAACUUAUAUCAACACAUUUUAUUGCUUCUCGUAAUUUGUUUUGUUUGCUACUAGUUGCAAGUAAUUUGAUUAAUGCUUAAAUCAGUCCUAGAUUAAAUUAAGUUUGUUUCCAUCACAGGAGUGAAAUGGAUUAAACUGGAGUGUUGACAACUAUGUUAAGAUAUUGUCCUUGUAUUUUGUGACCUAUAUUAUGCAGCCAAAUAAUCAGCAGGUAGAUGACUAUCCUAAAAGAAAAACCUAUAGUUAUGUAUUGUCAUCUUUACAUAAACUGUUAAAAUGCA